AUGGAACUGUUACCAGAUCAAGCAGAGAAGCUUCGGCAGUUUCAGGAGGUGACUAAUUUAGCGGAACACGUCUUGGCUGCGGCCAGAGUGGAGUCCGUGCGUUGGAACUUAGAGCAAGCCAUUGAAUCGUGUCUGUGUGGAGAUGGAGUCCUUGGACCCGAUGUCGAUUUACGAAAGUUACCGGAAUUCGAUGAAGCCAGUGUUUAUGAAGAUGAAAUGGAAGUGGUGGGAAUUCUGAAUAACCGUAGGUAUCAUUGA